GUGUCCGCUUUCUUUCUGGCGCACCACGCUCCACUGACGUUCUCUUUAUUUCGUCUCUCGCUCGGGCUGGGCUGCAACAUCUAGCUCCACACCCGGCGCACUUCAUCCAGCAUAUAUCAUUUUACUCUUUCUCCCUCUACAACUUCAGUACUACAUAUACUGCGCCUGAUCGUUCUGAUAAUCCAGGACUUACCUCCAAGCAGACCACAUAGGAAUUGUAUCCUUGCCAUACUCACAACGCGCAGCUAUGGUUUUCGGCUUAUUCUCGCGCAAUAAAUCGAGUGUUGAUCUGACGAAGAAGACAACCCAAGAGGACACCACCGUCCAAUUACGGACCCCUUCUCCCUCUGUGUUGUCGGGAUCUUCGCCGCGUAAUGACCAGUCGCGAGGCCCUCCCGCUACCCCUUCUCCUGCCCCAGACCUUGCGGAUCCCGACGUCUUGCACGCUUUAAUUGAAUCUAUUCCUCCGAAGGCGUUGCAUGCAUACGUGCUUGCGCGCAUCAGCCACGCUUCCCCUCAACACGUUGGUCCUCUUGCGCAGUUUUUCUCGGCACUCGAGCCGCCCCCAACGUUGCACUGUGUCCGUUGCCACAAAGGCUAUUUUGAGGUCGAAAAUAAUGAUCGGAGUUGCUUGAUCGGGCACGACGACGAAAGCGCUGAGGUGGAGAGGGUUGGUGGCGGAUAUGAAACACUCUUCGGCUGUUGCGGGAAAACUGUCGAAGGGGAAGGCGAUAUGGGUCCUCCUGAUGGAUGGUGCUAUGAGGGCAUGCAUACCACGGACAACAAGCGUGCGCGCUUCCGUGCAGACUCAACCGUACACGAGGACAAACUAGUGUCCUGUACGCGGUUGCGGUGCCAUGAUCCUCGUCCGAGAAAACGUCUCCGCACUCGCGAUAACGAAGACUCAGACGAGGACAGCGACGACGACGGUGCAAGUCAUAGUAGCGUCCGCACAAGGCAAUCCAAGCGCGCAAAGAUUGGGACAGCCCUUUUUGAUGAUGAAGAUGUCGACAUGGAGCAGCCAUCUCCCAAGCCCAGCAGCUCGCGAGGCCGGACUUCGCGAGCGAAGUCCCCGCUGAAGAGCGCAUCGGGACGCUCGAAGCCAGCCAAGACCAAGUCAGCUCUCAGGACGCGAUCCGUCUCCCGUGCACGAUCUGAAGUGUCUAUUUCGAGUUCCCCCGCCAAGCGCAAGCCGGCCAGCAGUCGAUUUGUUGCCGGCCCGUCAUCUACGUUGGUCACCGAGGCCUCAUUCUCCUCGACAACAUCAGUGAUGGCUGUUGGAGGCAACUCGCAGGAACAAACUCAGACCAGCAGUCAACUCACGGAGGUGGUCGCUGUCAGUGCUCUGAAGAGCAAGAAGUCGGGGAUGCAGUCUAAGAAGACUGUCACUGUCGCCAAAGAAGUGAAGAGCACAUCGUCCACGGCAAAAAGAAAGCCAAGAACGAAGAAACUGGACGAGGUCGUCGAGUCCAGUAUCCCGGGCGAGACAGAAUGAGAGAGCUCCUCGACCACUGCGAAUGGACGCAGUUUCUUUUUCUUCUAUGUUAACCACUAGCUAUCUGCUAUCUAUCGGUCUAUCGUACUGUAUCAUCUAACGAGCAGCCAAGCCGCUGCUCUGCCACUCUCUUCCAAUUUCCCUCUCUUUGUGCAAUGCUCGAUCUGCUUGCUCGCCCUCGCAUUUGUACUUCGUAUUGCACUCGCACACCGUCCUUUACUUAUAUCCCAUGAAAUCUUGUCUAUAUUGUUGUCUCUGUAAUAGGUGUGACUGUCUUCAUUGUAUGAGACAUUGAAAUCGGCGGACUCAACAAUCAGAGAUGUUGUGACCGGCGUGCGACACAGCCACGCUCAAUUUGUCGAACGCGUACUCUUGAUCCACCAAAAUGUCCUCGAGCCUGGAACUUGUAAACCCCAAGGCGGAGAGCAUCCGUCGGGCUGCAGCACUCCAGGUGAACACAAAUGGUGCAAUGGGACUCGCGAACGUCGUCAGAGGCAACCUCGGGCCGAAGGGAACGAUAAAAAUGCUUGUCGACGGGUCGGGACAGAUCAAAAUGACCAAGGAUGGGAAAGUGCUGCUCUCAGAGAUGCAGAUCCAGAACCCAACUGCGGCCAUGAUCGCGAAGACGGCAGUGGCGCAGGAUGACCAGGUGGGAGACGGAACGACGUCCGUGGUGCUUUUGGUCGGGGAACUCCUCAAACAAGCCGAUCGAUUCACUUCGGAGGGCGUGCAUCCUGCUGUGGUGUCGGAGGGGUUCGAUCUGGCGAAAAAAGAGUCUUUGGCGUUCUUGGACACCUUCAAGCAGCCUAUGAAGCUCGAUCGUGCUACGCUUAUCAAUGUCGCCAAUACAUCCCUCGCCACCAAACUGAAUGCUGCAAUGGCAAAGAAGCUAGCUGCAGAUGUCGUUGAUGCUGUUCUUACCAUUCAACCUCCUCCCUGCCCAAAGGUUUGCAACCAACAGCUCGUGCCUCUUUUAUCUCAUCCCUUGCAGAUGCAGUCGAUCAAUGGCGUAGUCCAAUCGACCUGCACAUGUCUCGAGUAUGAAAAAACCGAAGUCAACUCCAGCUUCUUCUACUCGUCGGCAGAACAGCGUGAAAAGCUUGUGGAGGCUGAGCGACGUGUCGUGGAUCAGAAAGUCAAGAAGAUCGUUGAGCUCAAGAACCUCGUUUGCGAUCAGGCGAUGGAUAGCAAGGAGAAACGCAAGAAUUUCGUGGUCGUAAAUCAGAAGGGCAUUGACCCGCUUUCGUUGGAUAUCCUCGCGAAGAACGGCAUCUUCGCUCUGCGUCGUGCCAAGCGAAGGAAUAUGGAACGGUUGCAGCUGAUCUCUGGUGGCAUCGCGCAAAAUUCUGUGGAUGAUCUUGAACCUUCCGUUCUGGGCUGGGCCGGGCUUGUGUAUGAGCACACCCUGGGCGAAGAAAAGUACACAUUUGUGGAGGAAGUCAAGGCGCCCAAAUCGGUCACCUUGCUCAUCAAGGGACCCAACAGCCACACCAUCACUCAGAUUCAGGAGGCUUUGCGCGAUGGACUGCGGGCCGUCAAAAAUGCUAUCGAGGACGAGGCAUUGAUCCCUGGAGCUGGAGCGUUCGAAGUGGCAUGCUCCGCGCAUCUCGUGGACAAAGUGAAGAAGUCCGCCAAAGGUCGAGUGAAGAUGGGUGUGCAAGCAUUUGCUGACGCUCUGAUGAUUAUCCCGAAAACCUUGGCGCAGAACGGCAACUUCGAUGUCCAGAACGCAGUUGUAGCCCUGCAGGAUGAACAGGCCGAGGGUAACAUCGUUGGAAUCAAUCUGAUCACCGGAGAGCCAUUCGAUCCUACAGUGGAAGGUGUCUGGGAAACUACCGCCUCUGUGAUCGCUGUCAAUCUAUUGAUUUGCGAUGAAGUCUUACGAGCAGGGAGAACAUCGCUGAAGCCCGAUGGUCCUGGGCCCCAGUAG